AUGCCGACGAGGGUCAUCGAUGUCGGCGAUCCUGCCAACGGAAAAGCCAUUCGUCUCAUCUACACUCAGGGCAUGCGGGAGCAGUACAUUGCAUUGUCGUAUUGUUGGGGAGUGAUUGCGAGCGAUAUCCUGACACUCAAUGCCAAGACCUACGAUUCCAUGACGCACGCAGUCAAAGAAUCGGAUCUCUCCAAAACCCACCAAGAAGCCCUUCAACUCGCUCGUGCACUUGGGAUUCAAUACGUUUGGAUCGACGCGCUAUGCAUCAUUCAAGGGGACGCGGACGAUUGGGAGCGUGAAUCCAAGACCAUGGCGGAUGUCUACGGCAACGCGACGUUGACCGUGAUUGCCGGGCGUUCUGCCGACUCGAGAAAGGGCUUCAUUACGAACAACUUGGCCUCCAAGGGGCGCCCUUCGCCCUGCAUACUGCCCAUCGACUCAUCGAAGAAUUCAGGGACCUUGAUGGUGGACUUGCCCAGAGUAUCUGAUGUUGGGCCGGUCUCUACGCGGGCGUGGUGCUUCCAAGAGAGAUUAAGUACUAGACGAUCCGUUAUAUUCGGGGAUGAGCAAUUGCUUUUCGAAUGUGUCAAGGAUUUCAACUUGGAGAAUGGCGUAUCAAAGCCGAAUGUGCGUCGGCCAGCAUUUCUCCGACCUUCAACACCAGUCGCACCGUCAUCAGAGCUCCAGACCGUGAGGGACCAAGUUCUCAAAGAAUGGUAUCAGCUCUUGAAUCAGUUCACCCUAUGUCGCCUCUCCAAUCCUCAUGAUAUCUUCGCCGCAAUUGCCAGUCUCGCCCAACAUGCCUCCCGCAUUCUCAAGUCUCGGUACUUGGCGGGAAUAUGGGAAUGCGAUAUCGUGCGUGGUCUACUAUGGAGGCCAUGUCACCACUUUCAACAGGGCCCGGCUGGGAAAAUCCCCACGACGCGGCCAAAGGCGACCCAACUCACUAAGGAGACUGGAGUGGUUGUGCGUGCGCCGUCGUGGUCAUGGGCGGCUGUUCAGGGGCCCGUCAGCCAAGCAUCUUUUAGCCCUCCUCGAAUAGCACGUCACAAAGACCCGGGGUAUACGAAAGUACGGCCUAAAUACGUGAAUCCUCAGGGAAAAUGGACGUUGGAUGACCGAUGUGGGGUCGGGACCUUGCACAUGCCGAGUUGCGAGUUGCACCUGAUCGGGCACAUUGCUCAAGCGGCGGUUCUUCAGAAGCCGGUCUCAGGGUAUCUCGAAUCCAGACCGAGGUGGUCCAAGAUUGGGAAAUGGGGGGCACUGCGGCACGGAGUUUUGCUUGCGGAUAGCAAAGAGAUCAAAACCAGUGAGGGAGAGAAUGAUGAGACGUCGAGCCAAAUUGUUGCGAUGGGGUUUUUCGACGUUUCUGAGGAGAGACACGGAGUUGAGGAGGUUUGGUGUCUACUCCUCGUGCUCGAUCAAGGCUUGAUGCUGAAGAGGAAUGUAAAUGGGCAUGCUUGGACGCAGGCCAGCCGGAUUCGCGGAUAUGGGGACAAGUGCGACACCAAGGAUAGAGCGGCUCAAUAUCACGCUUCUGCGCCCACCUUGCCACUCAUUGCCAAUAUGCUAUCCGAGCUAGCGCUUCUUAUCUGA